AUGCCUAUCUACCUGAGUAUGCAACGGGUGCGUUUCUCAAGCCCAGACGCCUACGAGAAAUUCAAGGUCCUCUUUGCCGACACGCGCCGCCAUCUCAUGACGCUGCCCGGCUUCCUGCACCUCACCCUGGUGGGAGCACCCGGACGACCGGAGCUGAACACCUACCACAAGUACUGCAAGUCGUGGGCCGCCAACGGCGCCAUCAUGGAGGACAUCAUCACUAACUUUGAGCUCGUCGGCACGCGGCUGUUGCGUGUCUGCCCCGUCUGCAACCACACGCAGGAUAGGAAGUACGACCUCGCCCAGGAGCAGGCGGUGCUGCGGGAGCAGUGUCCCGAGUGCCAGUUUCAUUUUCCAGUCCUUGAGGAGCAGCCGUCUAGCUUUGCUGUCUUCAAGGAUGUGAUGAUGCCCUCGGCAGCGGAAACGGAGAAGAAGGAAGAAUGA